AAAGAAGAUUGGCAUUUAUUCGAGAUUCCUCUUGGACCUUUUUUUUAGGGUUUUCCUCAGACUUAUUAUAUGAAAGAACUAUAAGGUCUGAUCGUGCUAAACGGCACCGUAUGAAGUCUAGAUAUUAAGGAGGGAGCCCUGGUCGCUUUAGUGUCACGGUGCCAUCUUCCGACGAACACAGCGGGAGGGGUCAGUCACUCUUUCCGCUUAUCUUCCACUUACCAUUACCUUCCCAUUUCUCGUAGAAACGGACAUUAUCCCAGAAAAUCAGCCGGGACAAGAAGAGCUUAUAGGGCAUCAGCUGUAGUAAGAUUUUAUCUAGUGCUACAUCAGAUGGCUCCGCCAAUCAAAUCGAAGAAAAGCAAAAAAGUUUCAAAGAAGAAAUUGAAAAAGAAGAAACUCAAAAACAAAAACAUUACCUCUGCUCCUAUCGAUCCCUCUGCCAUUGAUUCCGAUUGGUGGGAUACUUUCUGGCUCAAAAACUCUUCUUCCCCAGGUAUACCGUCUGACGAGGAAGAAGGUUUUAAGUAUUUCUUCAGGAUUUCAAAGAAGACUUUCGAGUACAUCUGUUCUCUUGUAAGAGAAGAUCUUAUAUCGAGGCCACCAUCUGGACUCAUCAACAUCGAGGGAAGGCUUCUUAGUGUUGAGAAACAGGUUGCAAUUGCUCUAAGAAGGUUGGCAUCUGGUGAGUCUCAGGUCUCAGUUGGGGCUUCCUUUGGGGUUGGUCAGUCUACAGUCUCUCAAGUGACUUGGAGAUUCAUUGAAGCAUUAGAAGAGCGGGCCAAGCACCAUCUCAAGUGGCCUGAUUCUGAUAGAAUGCAGGGAAUUAAGUGUAAAUUCGAAACUUUGUUUGGCUUGCCAAAUUGUUGUGGAGCAAUUGAUGCAACACACAUUAUCAUGACCCUUCCUGCAGUGGAAACCUCGGAUGAUUGGUGUGACCGAGAGAAAAAUUACAGCAUGUUCUUGCAGGGUAUUGUCGACCAUGAAAUGAGAUUUUUAGAUAUUGUGACAGGUUGGCCUGGUGGCAUGACAGUGCCAAGACUAUUGAAGUGCUCAGGAUUUUUCAAACUCUGUGAGAAUGGAGAACGUUUAAAUGGAAAUUCAAGGAAUUUAUUUCAAGGAGCAGAAAUCAGAGAAUAUAUUGUUGGUGGGGUAGGCUAUCCACUUCUUCCAUGGCUCAUAACUCCAGAAGUGAGCGAGGGAAUCUCAAGUUCCAUGUCUGCUUUCAACGCAAGGCAUGAGGCUGCAAGGUUGCUUGCAGUGAGGUCGUUCAUGCAUUUGAAGGGAAGUUGGAGAAUCCUCAGCAAGGUCAUGUGGAGACCUGAUAAGCGGAAACUGCCAAGUAUUAUCUUGGUAUGUUGUUUACUCCACAAUAUUAUAAUCGAUUGUGGAGAUCAGUUGCAUCCUGAUGUUGCUCUGUCAGGUCAUCACGACUCUGGUUAUGGAGAACAACGUUGUAAGCAAGCCGAUCCCUUGGGAAAAAUCACAAGAGAAAAACUUGCGAAACACUUUCAGCAUAACAAAUAGAUAUCUGUUUCGAAUAGAUCUCUUAUGAACAGUGCUGUAAGCAAGCAAUGAAGUGUCAUGUGAAUUCACAGUUAUUGACGAGGCUAACAAAAUUUAUGAACUGUGGAAUCCGUCUAUAAAAAGGGUUUCCAACAUGCUCUUGUUCUUCGCUCUCAUUUGAAGUGUUACAGACCCGUUCUUAAUGACUAUUUUGGUACGGAUUUGGGCAUAUAAUAUUAGCCUUUUCCAUAUAAAGGAUCAUUUUAAGGAGUUUUAGUGAUACCGUUGAGAAUUUUAGCAGAUGUGCCAAGGAUUCUUUUCAUGUCUUGUGAACUCUGGAGCUCGAAGCAAUCCUUGUGUAACAGGUGUAAGAACAUGUAUCAAGGACACUAAAUCCUAAUCAUGUCUUACUUGAUAGAAUUUACAGUUGAACUA